UUCGUGUUUUAUUAUCAGAAGUUUGCCUUAUAAUCCCUGUUGCGCAAGAGUUCGCCCAAAAACCAUUCAGUUGAUGGAGUGAGAGAAGCGAAAGUUCGAAAGAAUUUUUCUCAAAACAUUUAGAACACUGGCCACUCGAUUCGCAGGCUGCAGUCGAUCCCUUUUACUACUGGUUAUCUGGUCAUUUCCUGAGAGCAGACCUUUUGGAGUGCCCGCAAAGUACGCUGGAUCCACGAGGAUGUUCUUGAGAGCUGUCCUCUCUAUUUUCUGACGUUAUUAUGAGCGCGCAUUGCCUGUCGGGACUAACCAACCAGCAAUCGCCACGGCGAGUCACGUGAUUAGAGUGUUAUUUCAUUGCAUCACAACACACACCAACAUGGCGGCCAUCGAUUUGAGCAGUUCUGUUACACUGGUCGUAAAAACUCCAAAUAAAAUGAUAGACGACGUACAAAUAAGCUGUGCCCUAGACUGGACUGUUGAGAAGCUAAAGAAGCAUCUAUCCGACGUUUACCCAAGCAAACCGACCAGCAAACAACAGCGAUUAAUUUACUCUGGACAACUUCUUCUGGACCACCAAACGAUAAAGGAAUUUUUACGAGAGCCCAUUGAAGGAAUGAUGCAUACAGUUCAUCUGGUGUGCCCACCCAGUCCGUCCCAUUCCACGCCAACCACACCCACUCCCCCUCUGUCCCAGCCAAGCCCUGCAUCUUCAGCCACUCCUACCAGAGUUCCAGAUUCGACCUCUCCCACCCCAGCUCAAGCUGACGGUUUGCGCCAUAGAGGAACACCCAUGCAGACUCCAUCUCCAUUCAAUUAUCCCUUUCCUCAGAUGUGGAAUAUGAACAGUCCUCCAUUUACCCCACCACAGGGGUACCCCUCCCCAGGGUACAUGAGCCAGCAGCAGUGGAUGCAGCAUCUACAUCAGAUGCAGCAGCAGUAUCAGCAACAGAUGGCGGCAGGGAGGGUGCCACCACACCCGUUUAUGUUCAUGCCUCAUAACAUGGGAUUGCCACAGAUGCAUUUCAUGCAACACCCACAGCACGUGGGGCUCACGUUUGCCACCCCACCCUCCCCAACCACACCUCCUGUCAACCAGCAACUUCCCCAACAACAGGCACCACCUCCACCACCACCAGCAGACCAAGGGAAUGAAGAAGUGCGGAUGAAUGCUGGAGGGGGGGUUGCAAAUGAUGACGACGAAGAGAACCUCAAUAAUGACUGGCUGGACAAAGUGUAUACACUGUGCAGAGUGGGCAUAUUGCUUAGUAUAGUGUGGUUCUACUCAAGUACCGGACGGUUCCUUACUCUUAUAGCCCUGCUGGCGUUGAUUUACAUGUACCAGUGGGGGGUAUUCAGGUGGCUGACACAGAACAGGAAUGCACCAGCAAGGGUCAAUCGUCAAGAGGUGUUUGUCCCUCCCCUAGAGGCACAGGCAGAUCCGCCACAAGCACAGGGAGAUGCUAAUCCUGGGCAGGAUAAUGCUGAGACCCCAGAGGGGAGGGGUGCAGAAACAACAGAUGGGGAACAGCCUGCCCCACCCCCUCCCCCUCAAGGCCCAUCUGCUUUCACCAUUGCUCUUAAUUUUGUCAGCACUUUCUUCACCUCACUUAUCCCUCAGACCAAUGACGCCAUUCCUGGAAACUAAAUCCACAGUUAUACCAGGAAAUUGAUAGACAAAUCUGUAAAUUCAUACCAUUAUUGCAACAGUCAAUAGCAGCAGUAUAGGCUGUGUUAAUAAGUCGAACAUGACUUGUGGCUUGCCCUAUACAGGUACACAGAAAUGGUAGGAAAUCAAGCCCACUACCUCAAACAAUCUAAAUGAAUUCGUCAUUUUCUGCUGUAAUAGUAAGAAAAUAGAUAGAAAAAAGUUAUCCUGACAAGUUAUUUUUCCCAAUAACAAUAGUAUGCACAGGUAUUCAAAAAAGUCAGGAUGGUUAGGUAAUGUAAAACCGUUACACUCAUGGUUAAUAAUGGGGUUUAAUUGUAGAUAGGAUGUUUACUGACAUACUUCAUUCCAAGGGAAACAUUUUCAAAAUAUUAAUUGUAUAUCUGGGGUGAAUGACUAGUAUCGUUAAUCCCAUAGCUAGAUGUGUGGUUUGCAAACAAUAUUUUUCUAGUAUAUAAUGUAAAUAGAAGUACAGACAUCGAAAUGACCAAAUUAUAUAGCUAUACAUUAUAGUCCUGUACAUGCUUUUUGGCAUGUAUAGGACUAUUUUAGAUUCUAUAUAUUACAAUAACUCCUAGGUUUUCACAGCAGACGCAUUUAUGAAACUGCCCUUAGUAUGAUUCCCCCUCGCGUUAUAUUUUCCCGGGGAUAUGUGAAACAAACGAUCGCCAAUGGAUAAAGCUUGGGGCUUCCCCAAGAAGUUAUGGAUAGGAAAUAUUAGUGGUCUUAUUCUAAGACGUUGACCGGCUGAUAACUGAAUUAGCAAAGUAUUCCACGCAAAGGAAAGCUAGCAGAUAGUAAACGUCUCAAGUCAAACACAGUGGUACGACCUCUAUAAAGCGACCACCCUCGGGACCAUGAAAGGUGACCGCUUAAUAGAAGUUACCCGCUUUAGUAAGACAUUGAUAUUUUGGGACCAAGAGUUGGCCACUAAUAAAGGUUGCUACCACUGUCCUCUAGAAUGAAAUUGAUAUUUAGAGAAUUGGCCGCUUGAUAAGGCUGGUUGCUUAAUGGGUGGUCGUUUGGGAAUACGCUGUAAUGUUAGAAGAUCAAAAUUAAUAGGGUUGGAAAAAAUAAACUUUCUUUUUGUGUCUAACGAAAAAA